AUGAACUGAGCGUCUUCCGCAUCCACAAUCACGCUCAACGGUGACACGGACAGUCUCAUUAGCCGUAAUGCGGUUGCCAUUUCCUCGCGACAGUCCACGAUUCCCGGUGACCAUCCUCGUCAGCUCUACUUGCGGAAUCUACCCUACCACCAACCUGAAGAUGAAUCCACCCACGCGGCUGGCGUUUCAGCUGGUUCUCGUUGCCAUGCCGACUACGUCAACUUAGACAUAGAAGCUUCGAUGGGGCCUCUAAGGCGUUUGGAGAAUCUGUCUGCAACUCACAAGGAGCCAAGGCUACUGACGCCAUCAUCAGCCUCAGUAAACGGGGCUCUGGCGGCUCGAAGCUGUGAAGAGGCUGGAGAACCGAUCGCCAUUCGACGAGCACCCUCCGAUGGGGACCGACUUUGGUUUAGUGACGACUGCUCGAGAGGCUUGUUGAUGGAGACGGAUGAUUGUAGUGUAGAGAUGGCAAAAGUUCGGUUUGUCCAUUGUUUUGUUCGCGGCUUCUUUUCUCUCGAAAGACCUGAAAUAUGGCAUCAAAUCAGUCUGCCCGAGUCCUUUUCUCCACGCGAUUGGUCGGUUUCUGUCUUCUUUGGAGCAGCUAGCAACAGACGUGUAGCCUGCCUUACUAGUACAACUGACCUUCCCGGCCCUACAGACUCGAAUCCUUACCCUCCUUUCUAA